CGGAUCCAAUAAAAUCAAAUGAAAAAAAUGAUCAUUAUGAUAGUUUCGAUUCAUUAUAUGAGAUUGUAACUACAGAAAAAUUUAGACCAUCUUUGAUUAAUGUUCAAAAUCGUGAAGAGCGUGGAUCUGCAAGUAUGUAUAUUAAUACAAAAGUUCGUGAUGUUGUAGAAUGUAAUUAUUGUGGAAAAUUACGAUGUCUUUUUAGUGAUACAAAAUUAACAAAUGAAGAGAUUACUUCCUAUAAAAUAGCUAUUCAAACUUAG